AUGAUAGACAACCAGAUGUACCCACUUCUAUUUGCCCUCCUACCAGGAAAGUCACAGACUAUCUACACCCGAUUCUUAGAAAAACUCAAGUCAACGAUGGAAGAUCUUCAUCUGCAACUCAAUCCCACAGUGCUGUUCAUGGACUUCGAAUCUGCCGCCCAGAAUGCCGCUAAAGCCGCCUUCCCAGGAAUAACUCUGAAAGGAUGCUUCUUCCACUACACCCAAUGUAUCUGGCGAAAGACUCAACAGCUUGGACUUCAGACCCACUACAGAGACAAUGAAGACAUACACAGACUUAUUCGACGAGCAGCAGUACUACCCCUGAUCAGAAUUGAAGACUACUGGUUCAACGCCUGGAAUGACCUAAAAGACGUCAACUUACCGGUGGAGACCACUACUUUCACAGACUACGUCACGACACAAUGGGUAGAAGGAGACCGAAAUAUUUGGAAUCAAUUUGACAAUGAUGGACCCAGGACUACCAACACCUUGGAAGGCUGGCACAGCAAACUAAAGAAGAGGAUCCCGUCAUCACAUCCUAACAUCUACCUAUUCAUCAGGGUACUGAAGGAGGUUCAAGCUGCCAAUGACGUCAGUCUGAUUCAACACGCAGCUGGAGGUUUGCCCGCACAGAAGAGACGGUGCUACAGAGUGUUGAACGAACGCCUGGUCCAUUUGAAGACACUGCCAGAUGAUGGCCAGAUUGACUACAUCAACUAUGGAGACAGAGCCACAUACUUGCUCCAUAUGGAGUAA